GGCACCUUUAAUAAAAGGAGUGGCUGUACAGAAUCCUGGGAGGAAAGAUUAAAACAAGAGGUUUCAAAUCUUUUCUAAGAUUGCAACCAUGUGAGACUGGAAGAGAAUACAGCUCCCAUCUCCUGCUGUCACAAUGUGGAUCAUUUUCCUGUGGCUUCUUACCCAAAACACUGAUAGUCAGACCCCAGCAGGACAGUGUUCUGUGUCACCUACACUAUGCUGUGCUGGAUUGAAUAACACCUGUCGGAGAGGACGCUGCUAUUGUGAUGAACAGUGUCUUCAAAGCAAGGACUGCUGCAGUGAUUAUAUCAGCACAUGUGCAGGAAAACAGACAGUAAGAACAUCAGUAUCAACAACUUUGGAAACACUGCCCACUCUCCAAUCUACAGACACAACCACUCUGACCACAUCUAUCCCUGUGACCACUGUGGAAACACAGCCCACUCUCGACUCUUCACAUACACCCACUCUGACUACAUCUAUCCCUAUGACAACUGUGGAAACACUGCCCACUCUUGACUCUACAGAUACAACCACUCUGACUACAUCUAUCCCUAUAACAACUCUGGAAACACUGCCCACUCUUGACUCUACUGACACAACCACUAUGACUACAUCUACUCCUGUGACCACUGAGGAAACACAGUCCACCCUUGACUUUACAGAUACAACCACUCUGACUACAUCUAUCUCUGUGACCACUGUGGAAACACUGCCCAUUCUCCACUCUACAGACACUACCACUCUGACCACAUCUAUCCCUGUGACCACUGUGGAAACAUUGCCCACUCUCCACUCUAGAGAUACAACCACUCUGACUACAUCUAUCCCUAUGACCGCUGUGGAAACACUGCCCACUCUCCACUCUACAGACACCACCACUCUGACUACAUCUAUCCCUAUGACCGCUGUGGAAACACAGUCCACUCACCACUCUCCACAUACAACCACUUUGACUACACCUUCUCCUGUGACAACUAUGGAAACACAGCCCACUCUCCACUCUACAGACACCACCACUCUGACUAUAUCUACUCCUGUGACCACUAUGGAAACACAGCCCACUCUCCACUCUACAGACACCACCACUCUGACUACAUCUAUCCCUGUGACCACUGUGGAAACACAGCCCACUCUCCACUCUACACAUACAACCACUUUGACUACAUCUACUCCCGUGACCACAAUGGAAACACUGCCCACUCUCGACUCUACAGAUACACCCACUCUGCCUACAUCUAUCCCUGUGACCACUGUGGAAACACAGCCCACUCUCCACUCUAGAGAUACUACCACUCUGACCACAUCUACUCCUGUGACCAAAGUGGAAACACUGCCCACUCUCGACUCUACAGACACCACCACUCUGACUACAUCUAGUCCUGUGACCACUGUGGAAACACUGCCCACUCUCCACUCUACAGAUACAACCACUUUGAAUAUAUCUAUCCCUGUAACUACUAUGGAAACACUGCCCACUCUCCACUCUACAGACACUAGCACUCUGACUACAUCUAUCACUGUUACCACUAGUGAAACACAGCCCACCCUCCACUCUACAGACACCACCACUUUGACUACAUCUUCUCCUGUGACAACUAGUGAAACACUGCCCACUCUCCACUCUACAGACACCACCACUCUGACUAUAUCUAUUCCUGUGACCACUGUGGAAACACUGCCCACUCUCCACUCUACAGAAACAAUCACUCCGACUACAUCUAGUUCUUUGACCACUGUGGAAACACAGCGUACUCUCCACUCUACGGACACCACCACUCUGACUACAUCUAUCCCUGUGACCACUGUGGAAACACAGCCCACUCUCCACUCUACACAUACAACCACUUUGACUACAUCUACUCCCGUGACCACAAUGGAAACACUGCCCACUCUCGACUCUACAGAUACACCCACUCUGACUACAUCUAGUCCUGUGACCACUGUGGAAACACAGCCCACUCUCCACUCUACACAUACAAUCACUUUGACUACAUCUAUUCCUGUGACCACUAUGGAAACACUGCCCACUCUCCACUCUACAGACACUACCACUCUGACUACAUCUCUGACUACAUCUACAUCUCUGACUACAUCUACUCCCGUGACCACAAUGGAAACACUGCCCACUCUCGACUCUACAGAUACACCCACUCUGACUAAAUCUACUCCUGUGACCACUAUGGAAACACUGCCCACUCUCCACUCUACAGACACCACCACUCUGACUACAUCUAUCCCUGUGACCACUGUGGAAACACUGCCCACUCUCCACUCUACAGACACCACCACUCUGACUACAUCUAUCCCUGUGACCACUAGUGAAACACAGCCCACCCUCCACUCUACAGACACAAUCACUCUGACUACAUCUAGUCCUGUGACCACUGUGGAAACACUGCCCACUCUCCACUCUACAGACACCACCACUCUGACUACAUCUAUCCCUGUGACCACUAGUGAAACACAGCCCACCCUCCACUCUACAGACACAAUCACUCUGUCUACAUCUAGUCCUUUGACCACUGUGGAAACACAGCCCACUCUCCACUCUACACAUACAACCACUUUGACAACAUCUUCUCCUGUGACCACUAGUGAAACACUGCCCACUCUCCACUCUACAGACACCACCACUCUGACUACAUCUAUCCCUGUGACCACUGUGGAAACACUGCCCACUCUCCACUCUACAGACACAAUCACUCCGACUACAUCUAGUUCUUUGACCACUGUGGAAACACAGCCCACUCUCCACUCUACAGACACAAUCACUCCGACUACAUCUAUCCCUGUGACCACUGUGGAAACACAGCCCACUCUCCACUCUACAGAAACCACCACUCUGACUACAUCUAUCCCUGUGACCACUGUGGAAACACUGCCCACUCUCCACUCUACAGACACAAUCACUCUGACUAAAUCUACUCCUGUGUCCACUAUGGAAACACUGCCCACUCUCCACUCUACAGACACCACCACUCUGACUACAUCUAUCCCUGUGACCACUGUGGAAACACUGCCCACUCUCCACUCUACAGACACCACCACUCUGACUACAUCUAUCCCUGUGACCACUAGUGAAACACAGCCCACCCUCCACUCUACAGACACAAUCACUCUGACUACAUCUAGUCCUGUGACCACUGUGGAAACACUGCCCACUCUCCACUCUACAGACACCACCACUCUGACUACAUCUAUCCCUGUGACCACUAGUGAAACACAGCCCACCCUCCACUCUACAGACACAAUCACUCUGACUACAUCUAGUCCUUUGACCACUGUGGAAACACAGCCCACUCUCCACUCUACACAUACAACCACUUUGACAACAUCUUCUCCUGUGACCACUAGUGAAACACUGCCCACUCUCCACUCUACAGACACCACCACUCUGACUACAUCUAUCCCUGUGACCACUGUGGAAACACUGCCCACUCUCCACUCUACAGACACAAUCACUCCGACUACAUCUAGUUCUUUGACCACUGUGGAAACACAGCCCACUCUCCACUAUACAGACACAAUCACUCCGACUACAUCUAUCCCUGUGACCACUGUGGAAACACAGCCCACUCUCCACUCUACAGACACCACCACUCUGACUACAUCUAUCCCUGUGACCACUGUGGAAACACUGCCCACUCUCCACUCUACAGACACAAUCACUCUGACUACAUCUACUCCUGUGUCCACUAUGGAAACACUGCCCACUCUCCACUCUACAGACACCACCACUCUGACUACAUCUAUCCUUGUGACCACUGUGGAAACACUGCCCACUCUCCACUCUACAGAUACAACCACUUUGAAUAUAUCUAUCCCUGUGACUACUAUGGAAACAAAGCCCACUCUCCACUCUACAGACACCACCACUCUGACUACAUCUAUCCCUGUGACCACUGUGGAAACACUGCCCACUCUCCACUCUACAGACACCACCACUCUGACUACAUCUAUCCCUGUGACCACUGUGGAAACACUGCCCACUCUCCACUCUACAGACACAAUCACUCCGACUACAUCUAGUUCUUUGACCACUGUGGAAACACAGCCCACUCUCGACUCUACAGAUACACCCACUCUGACUAAAUCUACUCCUGUGACCACUAUGGAAACACUGCCCACUCUCCACUCUACAGACACCACCACUCUGACUACAUCUAUCCCUGUGACCACUGUGGAAACACUGCCCACUCUCCACUCUACAGACACCACCACUCUGACUACAUCUAUCCCUGUGACCACUAGUGAAACACAGCCCACCCUCCACUCUACAGACACAAUCACUCUGACUACAUCUAGUCCUGUGACCACUGUGGAAACACUGCCCACUCUCCACUCUACAGACACCACCACUCUGACUACAUCUAUCCCUGUGACCACUAGUGAAACACAGCCCACCCUCCACUCUACAGACACAAUCACUCUGACUACAUCUAGUCCUUUGACCACUGUGGAAACACAGCCCACUCUCCACUCUACACAUACAACCACUUUGACUACAUCUUCUCCUGUGACCACUAGUGAAACACUGCCCACUCUCCACUCUACAGACACCACCACUCUGACUACAUCUAUCCCUGUGACCACUGUGGAAACACUGCCCACUCUCCACUCUACAGACACAAUCACUCCGACUACAUCUAGUUCUUUGACCACUAUGGAAACACAGCCCACUCUCCACUCUACAGACACCACCACUCUGACUACAUCUAUCCCUGUGACCACUGUGGAAACACAGCCCACUCUCCACUCUACACAUACAACCACUUUGACUACAUCUACUCCCGUGACCACAAUGGAAACACUGCUCACUCUCGACUCUACAGAUACACCCACUCUGACUACAUCUAGUCCUGUGACCACUGUGGAAACACAGCCCACUCUCCACUCUACACAUACAAUCACUUUGACUACAUCUAUUCCUGUGACCACUAUGGAAACACUGCCCACUCUCCACUCUACAGACACUACCACUCUGACUACAUCUCUUACUACAUCUACAUCUCUGACUACAUCUACUCCCGUGACAACAAUGGAAACACUGCCCACUCUCGACUCUACAGACACCACCACUCUGACUACAUCUAUCCCUGUGACCACUGUGGAAACACUGCCCACUCUACACUCUACAGAUACAACCACUUUGAAUAUAUCUAUCCCUGUGACUACUAUGGAAACACAGCCCACUCUCCACUCUACAGACACCACCACUCUGACUACAUCUAUCCCUGUGACCACUGUGGAAACACUGCCCACUCUCCACUCUACAGACACCACCACUCUGACUACAUCUAUCCCUUUGACCACUGUGGAAACACUGCCCACUCUCCACUCUACAGACACCACCACUCUGACUACAUCUAUCCCUGUGACCACUGUGGAAACACAGCCCACCCUCCACUCUACAGACACAAUCACUCUGACUACAUCUAGUCCUUUGACCACUGUGGAAACACAGCCCACUCUCCACUCUACACAUACAACCACUUUGACAACAUCUUCUCCUGUGACCACUAGUGAAACACUGCCCACUCUCCACUCUACAGACACCACCACUCUGACUACAUCUAUCCCUGUGACCACUGUGGAAACACUGCCCACUCUCCACUCUACAGACACAAUCACUCCGACUACAUCUAGUUCUUUGACCACUGUGGAAACACAGCCCACUCUCCACUCUACAGUCACAAUCACUCCGACUACAUCUAUCCCUGUGACCACUGUGGAAACACAGCCCACUCUCCACUCUACAGACACCACCACUCUGACUACAUCUAUCCCUGUGACCACUGUGGAAACACUGCCCACUCUCCACUCUACAGACACAAUCACUCUGACUACAUCUACUCCUGUGACCACUAUGGAAACACAGCCCUCUCUCCACUCUACAGACACCACCUCUCUGACUACAUCUAUCCCUGUGACCACUGUGGAAACACAGCACACUCUCCACUCUAGAGAUACCACCACUCUGACUACAUCUACUCCUGUGACCACUAUGGAAACACAGCCCACUCUCCACUCUACAGACACCACCACUCUGACUACAUCUAUCCCUGUGACCACUAUGAAUAUAGUGUCUACCCUCGACUCUACAGAUAACACCACGCUGAGUCCAAUUAUGAAUACAACCUUCUUGACUACAUCUGUGCUAGUAAGCACAACCCCUCUGAGUCCAGCUGUGAAUACACUGCCUGCCCUUGUCUCAAAAGAUAUUACCUCUACCAUAACCACUACACAACUGACAAACAACUCAACUACACUGUUUAAAAACAUUACAAGUUCUUUGGACAACACACCACUUCCUGUCCUUGCAACCACAACAAAUGCAACUCUGCUGAACAGUGCUGUUAAUGAUAUAGAGACAAAGUCCUCUGCAAGCACAUCUUCAGUUGUACCAGCUUCAUCAACUCUUACUUCACCUGUCCCAGUCAUGACCACAACUACAAUGCCUCCACCUGACCCUACAAAUAACACCCCCCUCACUACGAGAGUGACCAAUUCUACAGCAACUAGCACUGCGACUAGUAAUCAUCUGACUGUGGCUAACAUCACUGUAGUGACCUCAACACCAGCAGGAAGACAGCCUAUAACUAGCCGUACAACUACCACAAGCAGGAAAGUUACUGAAAUAGCAAACGCCAUACAGAAUGCAUCUCAUGUCACUACAGCUGUGACAUUAACAGCUGCUGAUGCAAUCACAGCAACAACAAUUCAGGAUUCCGUUACAAUGGAGAGAACAACCUGGACUUCAUCUGCAGCAGCAGCAACCCCCAGUGUAACAACAGGGCAGAGUGGGACGAGUACAACCACAGAGGCUACAAAUCAGAUUCCUGAAGUAACAACAAAACAACCGGCAGACCUUUCCACAGCCCAAAGUGAGCCAGCAAAAGAAAAGGUAGCGAACAGCCUGGCACAACCCACAGGCACUCAGACACAUGUUUUAAGAAUGAAUGUGUCCCUCCUCGCUUCUAACACAAUAAAUAAUGAAACAGUAGAGAAAGCUAUGGAAUAUCUAAAAAACAUCAUGCAAGAUCAUUUCAAAGAUGAACAUUACACAUUUAGGAUUCUGAAAAUACAGAAGAAAUGAACUAUACAUGUUUUUAUUCUCUUUAUGAAUCUGCAGCUCUAGACAAAAUCUACAUAUUUUUGGAAGCUUGGCAACAAAUCAAGGCCACUUUCUUUAGGAGUUAAUGUGAAGCAGAAUGCAUUACUAAUCUGUUUAUCUUAAAUCAGUAUUCAUGUAAUCUAAUAUUUUGAUGUAUUAAACAUUCUUACUAACUAUUCCAGCUGGUUUUCUGAAGUCAAGCAGAAUAUUAGCAUUGCUCUGUGCACAAGCCCACAGGUGAAGCAUUCUGCACUGAAACCUGUGCAACACUGAUAUCGUUCCCCACCUUACUUCCCCAAGAAACAGCCUUUCAAAAGCCAUCUUGCUGGAAUAGUUAGUAAGCAUGGCAAACACUGACCUAAUCAGAAACAGCAACAGAUACUAGUCAUACAGAACACACAAUAUGAUAUUAAACCGUUAAGAAGUGUUGUAUCAGGGGAAUUGAGAGGACUCAAAUUCUCUUUCGUUUUAUUGGAUUGGUACCACUGGUUCAUGUUUAGCACUAAAGACAUUUUAUCAUAACACAUGAAAACAUGAAGUGCACCCAUUGCUUUAUACUGUGUUGAAUAUGAACAUUUUGCCUUUAUUUGAUUUAAAAUAUAUAUAUAUUUCUUAAAACUGGUGUUUCUUCACAUUGUUAAAUGUAACAUUGUGUGCGUGUGUGCGUGUGUGCGUGCGUGCGUGUGUGUGUGUGUGUGUGUGUGUGAUUGUAUCUGCUAUAAGGAUACAAGUGUAAGAUCACCUCUGUAAUUUGUAAUCUGGGUGGGUUAUAAAUACAUGCAAUACUUUAAAAACUGGAUUAUUAAUACAUCUUCACUGUACAUAUCUACACUACAUUUCUUUUACUUUUAUAUUUCCAGUCCACUUUUGAGGAGUUGUAUAAAUGUGUAGGGAACCUGCAAUAACCUUCAGAUACUGUUCACCACAAAGCUGUUCUCACCACUACAAACUCGGGUUCAACAGGUAACUAGGCAUGAUGGGCAAGCUAUCCCAUGCAUGAAGUGGCAUCCAAAACCUUCGCCAUUCUCUACUCUUGUUAAAUGGGAAUUUCCUCUCUAUAAUUUACAGAAAAUACAGGUAUACUGAUAUACCUCCUCUGGUCACCUCUCUAAAUCUCAGUGUUCACAGGAAGCUGCAGUAGUGGUAGGCUCAGAUGGGGUAGUUUUUAUAAGACUAGUAAAGUUCAAAACGUAUGACAGAAUACGAAUAAUGUGUCUUUAUUAUUUUAAACCAGCACUUCCGAAUGUUUGGCUGUGGCUUCCUUUUUGAUAACGUGUCUCUUUACAUUUCCACU